AUGGGCUACCGCGUUUCCGUGUUCGGAUGCAUUUCAUGUGUUCUCUGCCGCUACCUUGGUCCCCUCUCUUUCAGGCUGCCCUCGCUGUGGUUCGAGACGCGUGUCCUCGCAUUGGAUCCGACCAACAGCAGCAAGCAGCAAGCGGAGGGCGCGCUCGGCCUUGGACGCGUCUGCCUCGCCGCUACUCGGUGCCGGGGGCGUGAUGGGACGUUCACGUUCGCGAUCACAAGUGCAUCGGGCCCAUAUGCCGCGGCAUCAGAAUAUUCUCUGGAAGAUCCCAUCUCCCACACUCAUCUUCGACUGUCGCCACCUCUUCCCCCGGCUUUCGCGCUAGUUCAUCUCCUGUCACCGGAUCGUGACGCUUCUGCGUCCAAGCACUCCUUCGAGGUGGUCAUCGAUAUAAUCCAUAUUGCACGCGACGAGACCGAGCGGAUCACACAGCUUCAACGACAACUUGAGGAAAAGGGAGCCAAAGAGACGACCACGACGUGCGCCCGCAGACCCGGCUUCGAACCAAUCAUCUCGAGUUUUGACGAGGAAGAUGGUGCGAUGCGUGAGCUCGCUCUGGAUGUUCUAUUAAAGUAUAUACUCAUCCGCGGCCGUCGCUGCGUUCGUCCAGGGUAA